AUGUCAUCAGUGGUUCAACAUGGCCGACAGAGAGGUUCCAGUAAAAGUGCAAAGGACAUCAGUGAGACAAUCCAGCUUCCAGAUCUCCGUCAGGUCACCGUCUUAACCAAGGCGGACUGGCUGAGGAUCCAAGAUGAAAUCAACCGUGUGGACAAGGAAAAGGAACGGGUGAUGGAGGCCGCGAGGCAGAGGCGGGCCCUGCAGCUGAAAUCGAAAGAGAUGGCCAAACUGUGGCCAAACACGCUCACCUGUCAGAGACAGAAGAAACUGGAGGCAAAGAUGAUCCGGGACCAGAUGGAGGAGGAAAAAAGGAAACAGAUCGAUAUGGAAGAGGCCAAAUAUCGUGAAGAAAAGCAGAAAGAGGCCAUUGAGAAGGCAAAGCAGCAGCUGUACUAUGAAACGGAGCGAGUCAAAGGACUACAUCGUGCACUCUUGCUGACGGAGGUUCUGAAGGAAAGGGAGGCCCAAAUAGAGCUGAAGCAAAGGAGGAAGAGCGCCUCCAAAGACCUGGACAAAGAAUUCAUGCAGAAGGUGAAGGCCAGAGAGGAUGAAGCUCUCAAAAAAGAGCAGGAGCGAGCGCAACAGAAAAGACAGGCGAGCAAGGCUUUUGCACAAGAACUGCAGAAGCAGAUAAAGGAAAAUCAGCUGGAAAGGGAACGACGGAAAAAUGAGACGAAGAAGGACGGCGAUGAAAUCCAAUGGCUUCAAGAGCUUCAUCAAUGGGAGCAAAAAAUGGAGGAGGAGGCACAAGCAAAGCAGAAGAGCGAUUUCAUGCAAGCUCAGCUGGAGCAUCUCACUCAAAGAGACAUUUCUAGGGUGCUGGAUGCAGAGAAACAGGAAGCGGAAGAGGCCCAAAGGAAACUGUUCCUUUCCGCAAAGGAGAAAAUGGUCAAGUUAAGAAGAGAUAAAGAGACGGAGUUGUUCAGAGAGAAUCAGAAUCGCAGGGAGAGGCUCAUGGACAAGCUGACCCUGGCUCAGACGGAGCAGAAGCAGCAGAGCGUUGCCAAGGCUGUCGCGGAGCAGGACGCACAGAGGAUGCAACAGCAAAGGAAGGAGGAGAAGAAGAGGGUGGAAAUGAUGAGGUCAAUCGCAGCUCACAGGGAACACGUGGUCAAAGAGAAGGAGCGGAACGAACUGAUCAGAAAGGAGAAAGAAAGAGCAGCUCUUCUGGCAAAGAAAGAGGGUGACCGAAUAUUUUGUGAGGAACACCAAAAGAAGGCCCAGAGCAUCCGACAAGAGCUCCAGAAGUUACAGGACUUCAAUGCAAGCCAGAUGUUGGAGAAACAAGCCAGGCAGGAUCAAGUGUGGCGAGCGGAGCGUGAGUUUGACUCAAAGAACAUGGAGCGCCUUGCUGAAGAAGAAUUUGGGUUCGAGCAGUACUCGAGUGCCGUGGUCCAAGCAGCAGCCACCGCUCAGCGCAACGUGCUUCCACUUUACAAGGUUGUGAGGGAGGGGGCCGCAGGGGGUCCCAUCUUCACCGGAGCACGACCUCGCUACCUCGUUCAGGACACCAGCGGUGCUGAAAUGCCGAAAUACGUCUCGGACAGCACCCGCGAUAUUAAGAAGAUCCAUGAGGUUGACGAUAUUGAAGGAGGCAAGAAGAGGCUCGGGUUUAAAUGGUUAUAG